AUGGCUAUACUAGUAUACUCAUUAGAUAAUUCUUUUUUAUGGUUACUAUCCUAAUCAUCAAUUAAUUUUUACGAUUAGACAAACUGCUUGUAUAAGAGGACCUUUUUUGAAAUUGGUUCCUCAAUCUCAGUUUGUAGAUAAUUAAGACAACUUCAGAUUGUUAAAUUUUAGCUUUUGCAGAAAAGUAAACAUCUAUUGAAAAAAAAGCAAAACUAAAAUAAAUGCAUUGAAAAAAUAAAAGUAAUAUCGAUUUGAUUCACACAUUAGAGGAACACACUUAUAAAGUUUGAUGUUUAAAAACCAAUAAUAUGAUACUAAAAAUUAAAGUUCAAGUGGAUUAGAUAAGACUAUUUAUUUAUGGAAUUUAAUCAAAUAUACCUUGAUUAUAAAAUUAGAAGCUCACGCUUAAACGGUCCAGGAUAUUGCUAUUUUCAUUCGAUGGCAAAUAAAUGGUGUCUGAGUGUUAUGAUAAAACAAUCAUAUUUUGGUCUACCUCAAAACUAAAUUAUAAUAUAAUAAUUAACGAAUACAAACACCAUGGUUUAUUGUCCAUUCAAAUCAAUUAUGGUAGGUGCUUAAAUUUAGAAAGGAAUUAUAUUUUGGAAUACAGUUGAGUUUACAUGAAUUCCAUUAAAGCCUAAUUACGAUUAUUUGUUAAGUUUAAGAUUACGAAAGGAUGGUAUGCUAUGUGACAUUAUGCAAUAAAAUUGGAAUAAGGAUUAGGAAAAUAAAUGAACAAGCUUCUAAGUUGAGAAGAAAAAUUACUCUCAAAAUCUUUCGCUUUCACAAAGGGUGGUUUAAGUAUAUGAUGAAAACUUUAUAUUACAUACUCACUUUGAAGUGA